AUGCCGAGCGACCGACUUAGCGGCAUGGCCCCGGUGACCGCCUUUACUGGCUUGUCUGCGACGACGCCCCUGUCAGCGUUUGUCAACACCGUGACCAAGGAAGUCGCCAACAUUGACUGGCUCAACUGCACGCGCAAGAAGCACAUGGACGAGCUGCUUGAAGCGAUGGAACAGCCCUGCAUCGCGAAGUGGCUGCGACAAGCGCCAAGAAGCGACGCCAAGCCAAGUCCAAGGCCCCAAGUGUCCCGCCAAGAUAACAAGUUGUCCCUGCACUUGCGUGGUCCAAGCAAGAUCGUCCGGGUCGUGACAUACUAUGUCAUGGAGACUCAACAGUUGGUGCAGCCUAACAACUUGUCCCUCCACCACGGGUGCCGACUCAAGAUGUAUUGUAAAGGCGGCCACGAGGUGACCGAAGACCUGGCCGACCAUAUUCCUUUUGGCAAUGAAGGGUUCCACGUGGCCAAGCUCGGCGAAGUCCCCCAAGAAAACGGUGAGUACCAAGCCCUCGUCUACUGGCUUGGUCUUGAUGAAGACCAAGCCUCAUGUGAGCCCGUGCGCUCGCUCUACGAAGACAUCCCCAUCGGUUUCCGCUGCUGGGUUCACCAACAUGAAGACGAAGAAGAAGUGAAGAAAAUGGUCGCGGAACUCCAGCCCACGGACACUCCCUUUAGGGGGGAAGUGUUCUGCAUGGCGCUGCAGAAAGACCUAUGA